UGGCAGAUUCUAGAUCAAAUUCCUGGAAGAGCAACUGGUGCAUACAGUCAUAGUCAGGGUAUCAAGGGUUUACGUGAUACAAUUGCUGCUGGAAUUGAAGCUCGUGACGGAUAUCCUGCUGAUCCAAAUGAUAUUUUCUUAACAGAUGGUGCAAGCCCUGCGGUCCAUAUGAUGAUGCAAUUGCUGAUAAGCUCAGAGCAGGAUGGGAUUCUUUGUCCCAUUCCUCAAUACCCUUUGUACUCUGCUUCAAUUGCCCUCCACGGUGGUACACUGGUUCCUUACUUCCUUGAUGAGGCAUCAGGGUGGGGAUUGGAAACUUCUGAGUUGAAGAAGCAAUUGGAGGACGCAAGGUCCAAGGGUAUCAACCCAAGGGCCUUGGUUGUUAUAAAUCCAGGCAACCCAACAGGGCAGGUGCUUGCUGAGGACAACCAGCGGCAGAUUGUGGAAUUCUGCAAGCAAGAAGGUCUUGUUUUGCUGGCAGAUGAGGUUUAUCAAGAAAAUGUUUAUGUACCUGAUAAGGAGUUUCAUUCAUUCAAGAAGGUAUCCCGGUCUAUGGGAUAUGGCGAAAAGGAUAUUUCUCUGAUAUCAUUUCAAUCAGUAUCUAAAGGGUACUACGGGGAGUGUGGAAAAAGAGGCGGUUACAUGGAAGUAACUGGUAUCAGUCCUGACGUAAGGGAACAAAUAUACAAAGUGGCGUCUGUGAAUCUUUGUUCUAACAUCUCUGGUCAAAUUCUUGCAAGCCUUGUCAUGAGUCCACCAAAGGUUGGAGAUGAAUCCUAUGAAUUGUAUUGUGCAGAGAAAGAUGGAAUCCUGUCCUCCCUAGCAAGGCGUGCAAAGACUUUAGAAGAUGCGUUGAACAACUUAGAGGGUGUGACAUGCAACAGAGCAGAAGGGGCAAUGUAUCUCUUUCCCCGCAUAAACCUACCUCAAAAGGCAAUUAAAGCAGCAGAGGCAGCAAAUACAGCUCCAGAUGCAUUCUAUUGUCGCCGCCUUCUCAAUGCCACAGGAAUCGUGGUUGUUCCUGGUUCUGGUUUCGGGCAGGUUCCUGGCACCUGGCAUUUUAGGUGCACAAUAUUGCCUCAAGAGGAUAAAAUUCCAGCCAUCGUCACCCGUCUGACAGACUUCCACAAGUCAUUCAUGGACGAGUUUCGCAACUAGAAAAUUCCCAGUUUGGUCUUUCAGGAUAAGCGAUGUAGUGGGCAUUCAUUUAAAGGAGACGAACAUUUGUGUGAAGCCCCUAUGAUCCUUUAUUUUUGUGGAGGAUAGACAUGUUUGGGUACAGUCUUACUAGACGUGAUGAGAAUAAUAUCUUUUCUUACAAGGCUUAAGGUUUGAAUGGCAUCAAGUUGUGCAAUUGUUUUUAUUUAUUUAUUGGUUU